AUGCGUAGCUUUGUGAGAUACCAAGCCACUGCAUCGGUCACCACUGAAAGUGAUACGGUUGAAGGAAGUGAAGAAACGGUCAGAAGAAGUGUUGCUAGAGAAAGAGCGAUUUCAGAAGCAUUAGCCAAGGAAGAAGAAGGGUUUGCAAGAGCAAGAAUGUUGCGUGAGAUGAAGGAAGAAACGAAAAACAUGAUUAGUACAUUAAAUAAAACCCCAUCCACAUUAAUUAGUUCUAGAUUGAAAAAAAUUCAACUAGAAUUAGAUAAUUUACCAGAUCAAGGAAAAGUCAAGCAAUUAAAUGAAGAAUUAGAAGAAUUUUUGAAUAAGCAUAUGAAUCUACCAAAGUUUGAAAUUCAAAAUAGACCAUGGGCUAAAAUAAGUAAUUCUAAUAUUGAUGAAUUGAAAACAUCAAGUGAUAAUUCAUCAACUAGUCAAACCAUUAGAUCUACAGCAUCAACGUCUAUUUUCAAUCAAUUCCCCCAAUUAAAACCAACUCCUAAUUAUAAACCAUAUUCUGAACAAGAAUUAUUUUUAAGACAUUUAUCCCAUACAAGAAAUCUGGGUAAUUUAGGAUCAAAUUUAACUGAUAUUUAUUUACCUAAAGAUGAUAUUAGAAAACCUCAACAUCUUGAAGAAACUUCCAUUAGUACUUUAAUGGCAGCAGGAUGUCAUUUGGGACAUGCAAAAUCUCAAUGGAGACCAAGUACUCAACCUUUCAUAUACGGAGAAUAUAAUGGAAUUCAUUUGAUUGAUUUAAAUGAAACUUUAACUUCAUUGAAAAAGGCAAGUAGAGUUAUCAAAGGAGUCAGUGAGAAAGGUGGGGUUAUUCUUUAUGUUGGUACUUCUAAGAGUCAAGAACAACAUCUUGCAUUAGAAGCUGCUGCUAAAAGAUCUCAAGGUUAUUAUAUUUCUAAAAGAUGGAUUCCUGGUACAAUUACUAAUUUUGUUGAAGUUACUAGACAAUUAAGUGGAGAAUUAAGACAUGAAACUGAUUUAUUGAAUCAAUCAACUGGCCGUGAUUUAUUAAAAGAAGCCGAUGAUUUAAUUAAACCAGAUUUAGUUGUUAUUUUAAAUCCAGUUGAAAAUAGAAAUUGUGUUAAUGAAUGUAUUAUACUGAGAGUUCCUACAAUUGGAUUAUGUGAUACUGAUAUGGAGCCUUCUUUAUUGACCUACCCAAUUCCUUGUAAUGAUGAUAAUAUUAGAUCCACUAAUUUAAUGGUUGGUGUAUUAUCAAAAGCUGCUCAAGAUGGUUUACAAAUGAGAAUUGAUAAAAUGACAGCAUAUAAAAAGACUCAAAAUAAGCAAAAACUGAAAGAUGAAUUAAAUCAGUUGUUAGAUUAA